CAACUGCCUAUGACCUGUCAUGCAAAAUGACACUUAUCAGUCAGGCGGAUUAUUGAUUAAUUAACUAACUUAACACUAGUCUGUUGCUGAUAAAGCUGGGGUAAGGUAAAAAAAAAAUGGAAAAAGAAAAAGAGUGAUUUCCACGAUAUCUGCUAUAUUUACUAGCUAUAUCCUUAUGAUCAUGUUGUUUCUCAUCUGCAACAUAAAGCAAAAGCAAUGCUCUGAUCUGAUGGCUUGACCAGGCAUCAGCAGUCACAUUUACCCCGCCGGACCUUCACAACGAACAACUAUAGAGCUCCCCCCUCCCUCGACUGGUCAUUUUUGACGACCAGAAGAACUCUCUUUCUCUGUCUUCCCCUCUUCUUCAUCCUUCAUUUUAUUACCUGAAAGUUCAUUUAAACGUCUUGCCUGCCAUGGGGAAACUCCCCGCAGCCAUCGUUAUAGCCAGGCAUGGCGCUCGACUAGAUGCUGCCGACAAAAAUUGGCAUCUCACCUCUCCGACUCCCUAUGAUCCUCCCCUUUCCUAUGGUGGAUGGCUCCAGUCCCGCGCGCUCGGAGCUCGAAUCAUCAACCUACUGCAAUCCUUUGACGACCAUCCCCCCGUUUCGUCCAUCGUACCAUCAGACGUGCCGAAAUUCCCUUCAACGCUCCCGAAUCCCAAAAAGAAGCGCCGAUUCAUAAUUCAUACUUCUCCAUAUCUUCGUUGCGUGCAGACGGCCAUCGCUGUCAGCUCGGGGAUCAGCCAGCACUAUACAGACAGCGAGGUUGCUCACUCCGCCGUCGCUUCCAACUCCACCCAGACCAAUGGAUAUUCUAUGGAGUCAGCUGCAGACUCACGAAGAGAGUCUAUCUCGAGUCCGAUCACACCUGCCUCUUCGAUGCCUGGUCCCCACGAUCAUCGGUGUCUUCUGCGCGUGGACGCAUUUCUUGGAGAGUGGUUGAGCCCAGACUACUUUGACCAGAUCACCCCUCCUCCCAAGUCGGAAAGGCUCGUCGCUGCGGCCAAAGCCGAAUUACUUCGGCGCGGGGAUGACGUCGUUCCCGAGGCUGACACGGCCUCCAAGCCGACUACAGGCAACUUUCCUGGGGGCUGGGGUGGUUUCACAAACUCCGACACAACUCGCGUGGAUGGAACGGUAAACAGCGUUGGCCCUUCCUCUGGUGUUACCCAUCCUCCGGGCCAGCGCACCCUUGCAGGGAGUUACGACAGUCUCAAGUCCGCCGAAACCCCUGGCGCUAGAAGAAUCCUCGGCACAAUCAACACUGAUCUUCCCCCGAUUCCGGACGGCGCAUACAUGCCUCCCACGCCGAGCUAUGCCAUCUCGCCCUCCGACCCGAUUCCUAUAGGAUAUGUUACGCACGCGCGCAACGCCUGUGUGAAGAUUGAUUACCAGUGGGACAGCAUGCGUGAGCCCCAGAACUGGGGCAGUGGAGGGGAGUACGGCGAAGAGUGGAGUGCCAUGCAUUCGCGCUUCCGUGCUGGCUUUGAGCGGAUGCUUGCCUGGUACCGCGAUAACGAUCAAGGUGCUGGGACUGGCCGACCGCGGCGACAUUCUCAACAGCCUGGAAUUCACGGGGAUCUACACCAGCCGGCUGAUGAGGAUGACGCGACCGACAUCAUUCUCAUCGUGAUUACUCACGGGGCAGGGUGCAAUGCCCUAGUUGGAGCGCUGACUGGAGAGCCUGUACUGUUGGAUUUCAAAACAGCGUCCCUCACCCUGUCCGUCCGCAAGGACAAUGCGGACGAACAAGCCGAGGCAGACACUGCUCGGGAGCGAUUUUUGUCCCCUGGACCGGCAGAAGAGGCUCUACUCACGAAAGAUUACAGCUUACGACUUGUGGCCUCGACUGAUCAUCUCCGUCCUACCGUGAAUCCAAUCCCAUCCACCUCCAGCUUGCCCUCACCUAGCAGCGCGGUCACUCCCUCGAUCUCCACUUAUCGUCAUCGACCUGCGUUGCGUCCCUCGCUUUCUCAGGGACAAUUCAUGAUUGGUCCAUCCCCCAAUUCGGGUGUCGGGUCACGUUCUUGGUCCCUCUUGCGCCCCUCCACAGCGCCAAAGGGCUCCACUGGUCUCUGGGGCUCCGCCUCUGUUAUACACGAAUCGGCCGACGAUAUUCUACCCAACUUUGGCGACCGGAGAUCGACUUCUUCUGAUGCCGUCGGUCCAGGUCAGGCAAACGGCUCUGCAUCAAAGCCUGAGGAUUCAGCCGCAUGGUCCAACUUGCCUCAAAGGACCUUUUCGCAGCGUGGUCUCUGGGGUAGCACACCGGCAUCUAAGGACCGGGAAGCUGCUACCAGAAGACGUUGGACAGUGACUGAAAGAAGGGUAUAGCCGGCUUUGUUUUCGACACUUAUUUUUGGUUCUACUUUCUUGCUUUGAAUUUUUAUCAGGAUACCUUGGGAUGUUGGUUUGUCGCUAUUCAUUUGUUUUAUUUAAAUUCUAUAAGGCGAGGCGUUCAGGAAAUCAUGGUAUGACAUCAACCAUGUAAUACUCCCCAUUCACACAAUGCUGUGCAAAACCGAUGGCCAUCACCACUUCCAUCAAUUGCCAUAGUCAGCUUUUGCUCACUACAAUAUAUUUGACUCGCUUCUCGG